AUGUCAAAGCCAGUACACAGCAAAAAUGAAAUACUGAGGUCCAACACUGGUUUGACCAUCAAUCCAUCCAAAGCCUAUUCACGCUCAGAAACAAGAGAUAAACUGACAGGACUUACUAUAUUUCAAGGAGGACUUUUCAGGCAAAGUCAAGCAAUCAAGAACAGGUUUCCAUCCAGGGCCACAGGUACACCAAGACUCGAGGAGCAUAUGCUCAUUGUCUUUUGUAUGCUUCUAGUGCCUUCCGUCCAGGUCAAGCAUCAGGGAUCCGAUCAGAGUCCACAGUUAUCAGUAUCCAUUCCAUCCAAGUCAAGCUUCAAGGUUCAGGUCAAGGUCAACGGGUUCAGGUCGAGGUCGACGGUUUUCAGUAUCCAUUCCGUCCAGGUCAAGCUUCUAGGUUCACGUCAAGGUCCACGGUUUUCAGAUCAAGGUCCACGGUUUCAGGAAAAGCAUCAAUGUUCCGAUCUCCCAGCUAUGGUCAUAGUGUCAGCCAUCCAGGUCAAGUGUCAAGGACCCGAUUUCCCGGCAAUGGGUAUAGCCAUCAAUGUCAGGCGUCAAGGUUGCGAUCUUCCAGCCAAGUGUUCACUCAUCCAGGUCAAUCAACAGGAUUCUGAUCUCCCGUCCAUGGUUAUAGUCAUCGAUGUCAGGCGUCAAGGUUGCGAUCUUCCAGCCAAGUGUUCACUCAUCCAGGUCAAUCAACAGGAUUCUGAUCUCCCGUCUAUGGUUAUAGCCAUCGAUGUUAGGCGUCAAGGUUCCGAUCUUCCAGCCAUGGUUCUAGUCAUCCAGGUCAAUCAACAGGAUUCUGAUCUCCCGUCCAUGGUUAUAGCUAUCCAUGUCAAGCGUCCAGGUUCCGAUCUCCCAACCAUGUUUACAGCCAUCCGUGUCAAGCGUCAAGGACCCGAUCGCCUGUCCAUGGUUAUAGCCAUCCGUGUCAAGCAUCAAGAACCCGAUCCCCCGUCCAUGGUUAUAGUCAUCAAUGUGAAGCGGCAAGGACCCGAUCGACCGUUAAUGGUUAUAGUUAUCCAGGACAAGCAUCACGGUUUCGAUCUCCCAGCUAUGUUCAAGUCUCCAGCCAUCCAGGACAAGCAUCAAGGUUCCGAUCUCCCAGCUAUGGCUAUAGUCAUCCAGGUCAAGCAUCUAGGUUCUGAUCGCCAAUCCAUGGUUAAAGGUAUAAAACAACAUUAUGGGUGUAUACUCACUAGUUUUAAUCUAGUUCUAGUCUCCAGCCAUCCAGGUCAAGCAUCAAGGUUCUACUCGCCCGUCCAUGGUGUUUUCCAGAUCAAGCAUCAAGGUUCUGAUCUCCCCGCCAUAGUUAUAGAUUUAAUAUAUCUCCAGUCUCCAGCUAUCCAAAUCAAGCAUCAAGAUUCCGAUCUCCCCGCCAUGGUUAUAGUUUUCCAGAUCAAGCAUCAAGAUUCCGAUCUCCCCGCCAUGGUUAUAGAUUUAAUAUAUCUCCAGUCUCCAGCUAUCCAGGUCAAGCAUCAAGAUUCCCAUCUCCCCGCCAUGGGUAUAGUGUUGAAUCCACCAAGAUCAUGCUUCACGGAUCCGGAUUCAGUCCGUGGCUAUAGGCCAAACAGCAAGGAUCAAAACUCAAAUUUGGGCUACAGUUCAAAUAUCAAAGAUCUGAUUUCAAAUCAAGGUUACGGGUACACACUUUUCUCUCUGUCUUUACAUGCUUUCUUUCGUAUUGGCCUAGUGUGUUUACGAUCCGGCUACACAAUGAAAAAUUUCUUUUCCUUCCAGUGCGACAGGUAUAUACAUCUAGUUCGGCCUUUAGUUACUGUUGGCUUUAUUUCUCUACUGGCUUCACAGUCCAAGCCAGCAAUCAUGGAUCCUAUAUCCGUUCAGUGUUACAGUGUCCUUGCAGUCAAGGUCAAAUUCAACACUCAAGGAUCCGGUUUCCAUCAAGUUUUACAGGCCAAAGAACUAGGACUUGAUAUUCAUCCAGACUUGCAGAUAUAUAUUUUUCGUUGGGCCGUUGAUUAUUGGCUUUUUUUAUCCGUCUAUUGUUUUUACUGUCAAGGGCAACCAUCAAGGAUUCGAUCUCCAUCCAGUAUGACAGUGUUUUCACCACCCAGGUGGAAGAACAAGGAUUUCUUCUUCAUCCACGGUUACAGCCAAGGCCAAUCGAUCCAGGUUUACUGUUCUCUAGGUCAAACUGAAUUACCAAAGUUUUACUAUCUACCUAGUGCCCGAGCCGAAGCCAACGAUCAAAGCUUUGAUAUUCUUUUGGGCUCACAGCAAGCGUUCAAUGCUCAGCUCUACAUCAAAGGUCGCAGGUAUACAAGAAUCUUUAAGCAAUUUACUAAAAAUUAGAUUUUCCUAGCGUUUACAUAGUCAAGGCGAAAUGAUCAUGUUCUUUCUAUCCAUUCAAGGUUCUAGGUACACACGCACAUUUUAGCAUUUAUUCUUCACUGGUUGAAUCUUUUUAAUCUUUGACAGUCCAUGCCGAGAAUCAAGGUUGCACUUCAAAAAAUAGGGUUAAGGUAUACAUGCCUUUUUAAGCAUUUACUUACUACUAGUUGUAUUAUUCAGACUUUAUACAGUCGAGACCAAAGAUCAAGAGCCCGAUUUCCGCAUAGAUUUACAGGGAUACAAGUGGCUUUCUUUACCCAUUAACAUAUUGAUAGCUGUUUGAAGCAGUCUUUUUACAGUUCAAUUCAACAGUCAAGGUUCAAAUCCCCGUCAAAAAUCACUGAUAUACUGCCACUUUU